AUUUUCGUGAAGCGUUCUUCGUGUGCAUUACCUGAUUUUAUUUUUCCCGCCAAAGCCGUGUUUUAAAGUUAAGAAAGCGCGCUUUUACAGCUGACUGUUCACCGUAGCCAGUAGCUACUAGCUAGUAUGUAUUGCUGUUGUUGUUCGUGCAAUUUGAAUCUGCGUUGAUUGGAGAAAGAUAUUUGUUUAUGUGACGUGCGAAACACUAACAGUGAAACAAUGGAAUUGUUAGAUUAUGAAAAUAUAAAAAAGACAUGUAGGUUAUGCUUGAAACCUGAUGGAAUUAAGUUGCCGAUUUUUGGAGAAGUGGGCAUGCAGCGAAAUGUGGUUCACAAAAUUAACAUAUGCUUUGCAAUUGUGAUUUAUGAGACAGAUCCUUUGUCCAAACUUAUUUGUCACAGAUGUCUAUACAAGCUCGAACAGAGCUAUGAAUUCCGUUGUGACGUGUUCAGUGCAUUUCAACAGUUGAAGAAGUCUAUGAACCAGAAGAGAAGUGACCCAGUAAUAGAUAAAUAUCUGUCUAUAGUUGAAGACGAAGUAAUUGUAAUUGGUGGGAAAGAAACAUGUCAUCCUGACAAGAAACACGCAUCUGAAUCGAUGGACAAUCCUGUGCAGUCGUAUGUUGGGUGCAUUACAUUAUCAGGACAUUGGCCAGGAGACCAAAAUGAGCAGAUGGAGAUUGUCAAGCAUACACCAUUUGAUGAAACCCAUGCUGUGGAUGUUCAUGAUGUUGCACCAGACGUACAGGCAAGAAAUAGCAGUAGUGAAGGAGAUAAUAUAUUCAGACAUGGUGAAAAUGAAAUAACUUGCAUAAGUAGUGAACUAAACAAUCAGGCAUUUAGUGACAACAGAAUAGAAGCUGACAAACAGGAAGUAGUGCAGAAUGGGCUUGUUGGGCCACAAAAUACGUUGAAGACACUCGCCCAACCACAGCCAGAUGGCAAGUCUGGGAAGAGACAAAAACAUGAUGGAUUGAUGAAAACAAGAGCAGCACCUUUAGCAGGAAAUUUAGACUUACAGUGGUGUAACUUUUGCCAGAAGUAUCUAAAAACUAAGAAAAUAUUUAGGAAGCACAAUGCCAUAGUCCACAAUAUGGUAAGGUCACCAACAUAUAAAUGCAAAUGCAAAAAGAAAUUUCGUUCACUGUUGGAAAUGCUUACACAUCAACAGACUCAUUUAAAAGUAAAAAUUAAUAUCACAGAAGAUAUGUUGCUGAAAUGUAAUUUAUGUGACAAGAAAUUCGCCGAUAAUUCAAUUUUAAAAUUACAUAUAACCACACACAGUGAAAAAUUUAACAAGAAAUCUUCAUUCAAAUCCUACCCUGGUAAAUUAAAUAUUAUAAAACAGUUCAAAAUAGGACAAAAAGAGAAGAGUAUUACUAAUCUGACUACUUCACCACCUGAGAUAUUUGUUUGUGAUCAUUGCCGGCAAAUCUUUGAAACUGCUUCAUCCCUUUCACUGCAUUUAAAUUCCAAGCGUUGUUUCAUUUUGUGUGAUUGUGUUUCUGGUGAGAACAGUUCCAAAAAUAGCAGAGUUCAUCAAAGAAAAGAAACUAUGCAGUCAACUGUAGAAAAUGUAUCAUUGGACAAUAGAGAGAUGUCUUCUCAAGUCUCGUACAAUAUGGAUAGUCCAUUAGACAACACAGCAUCUGCAACAUCCCUGGAAACUUCAACUAUUCAUAGUAGUACUCAGCCCUCAGAUAACACAGUAACUGAAAUAAAUGAGAAAGCUUCAACAGAUCAUAAUAACUCAUUAUGUGCAUCCCAGGUUAACCAAUGUACACUUUGUGCUAAGGUGUAUAGCUCUAAAAAAUUGCUGAAAAAACACCAGAAAAUUCACAUUGCAGCAGAAGCAACAGAUUUGUCCUGCACUUUUUGCAAUAGAAAAUUUGUAAAUCGUGCAGGUUUAAUAUCUCAUCUUCAUACACAUUCAGGUGAUGAAUCUUAUCACUGUAACUAUUGCACCAAAAUAUUCUCAAACAAGCAAGUAUUUCUCAGCCACAAGUGCCUCAAUAACAAAGUAUACCCAUUUUGUGAUGUACAGUUGUCACAGUAUGCAAUAGAAUACGCACCCCAGCCACAUCGAAACAAUGAAGGAUAUGUAAAUUUACUACAUGAAAAUGAUCUUCUAAAAGCAAAACAAAUAAACACACCUAGCAGCAGUCUGGGACAGUCAGAGGAGACAGAGACAGAUUACGCUCAUUGUGCACAAUUUUCAAACAAAAAUAAGAAUUAUAAUCGAAGUAACAAUCGUAAACACUUAAAGAAAAGUACUAGUGAACACAGUCGUGCAUCCAACAUUAGCAGAAACGAGAAUUGCAUGAAAUGUCCUUUCUGUCACCAUUUAGUAAAGCCAGAAUCUGUGUAUCAACACAUUUAUGAAAAUCAUCCUGAUUCAAAUAACAUCACAUAAUAAAACAAUUUUACAUUUCUUACUCAAAAAAUGCAGAUUUUGUAAGAGGGAUUAAAACUGUGGCAAAACAGAUGAAUCACUCAUGAACACAAGAUCAACUGAUCAGUGUUCUCAAUGUUUACCACCUGGAAAAUUAAUCCCAUACUCCUACAAAUAGAAACUGACAUGCAUUUCAGGCACCUCAAGAAUGUGUACAUUAUAUUGAACUUCCAAAUUUUGAUAAAAUUUAAGUUAAUAUGUACAUCAACUUCAUGCAAAUGAUUUCAUCUGUUACUUAAUGCAACAUUUUUUGAGAAUGAAUAUAAAGUCAUAGAAAAUGCAGUCUACAUUAAAAUUAGUGGUACAGCAACAAUAUUUUAGAAAUAAUAGUAUAAUUUCAUUUAAGCAUUUAUCAUGCAAAUAACAACUGCUACAUAGACAUAUUAUGUAUGUUACGUGAUUUGAAACAUACGUAAUUUUAGGGUGUUAUUAAUAUGCAAGUAAUGCAAUGGAACAUACAUCAAUGUAUACAGAACAGAAGAGGAUAGUAAGGUUGUAUAAUUUGUCUUGCAUUUUAUAUUAAAAUGCUUUUACUGUACAGUGUAAGAACUUCUUAUUUAUUUUCUGUAUUGUGAGAGACUGUAAAUGCAAAAGGUUGUAAUUUUUAAGUCCUAAUUUUUUAAACUGGAAAAAUGUGUUGGCAUGCUAAAAUUCUGAAUCUUUGGUUAUUUUACUACUUAAUGUUAUAAUUUUUAAUUCUUUAAGUGCUGCAAACAUUUUUAAACCCACAGGCCUGCCUUUCUGACAGUGCUAUAAAUGUAAUAACUUAUCCCCCCUAGUUGACCACUGGGCAAGAAGAAUGUGUGUACAAGAGUUAUGCUUGUUUGCCAGUGUUGUUUGGACAUGUUAACAUGCAGAGACAUAUUUUCGUGCCUGAAUAACUCAACAGCUGAUUGAAGUUCAGGUUGUUUAGUUGGACUGAUCAUGUGCUAACUAUUUUUCAGUAUUGACAUUGUACUGUUUUCAUUUUUGCUCGGUGGUUUGACGCAGGGAGAGUGUGAUUCAGGUUUUCUAAAAAAAAGGAAAUAAUGUAUUAUCAUAAUUUCAAAGUCGAAGAAAGCAUAAAGAUAGUGGGACUGCCAGUGAAAUUUUUUAUACCAACAAUCAUGAUGACUUCUACAGAACCUCAGAGUAACCAUCUCCACCUAUGUAAUUUGGCAU